GCGACCUCGACCUCAUCAAUCCCAUACCUUCAACCAGCUACUCGUAUCACUUGCUAUACCCAGCAUCGUCCCACUCUUACCCUUCUUUCGUUCAACUCGUACACACACACACUCUCUCGCAUCGGCUUCAUCUCCACGAGAACCAUACAAAUACCUUCACUUUGACAACCACACGACUACAAGUAACGACACCACGACCGUCUCGUCCUUGAUCAACGACAUCACACCCCGCAUCUAGACCUAUACCACAAAACAGUCCUACAAAGCAUCUUCAUCAUGGCUUCCACUACUGCUCGACCCCAGAACGUCGGUAUCAAGGCGAUCGAGAUGUAUUUCCCCAAGCGGUGCAUCUCGGAGGAUGAGCUCGAAGACUUUGACGGUGUCGCCAAGGGAAAGUACACCAUCGGUUUCGGCCAAAAGUACAUGGCCUGCACCGACGACCGGGAAGACAUCAACUCGUUCGCCCUCUCCGCCGUCAGCUCCCUCCUGAAAAAGUACUCUAUCGACCCGACCUCGAUCGGACGACUGGACGUAGGGACCGAGACGAUCAUCGACAAGUCCAAGUCCGUAAAGACCGUCCUCAUGGACUUGUUUGCCGCUUCGGGCAACAUGGACAUCGAAGGGAUCGACAGCAAGAACGCUUGUUACGGAGGUACCGCUGCGCUCUUCAACGCCGUCAACUGGGUACAGAGUGAGAGUUGGGAUGGGAGGGACGCGAUCGUCUUUGCUGGGGAUAUCGCCAUCUACGCCGAGGGGUCUGCUAGGCCUGUCGGGGGUGCUGGUGCUUUUGCCUGUUUGGUUGGACCCAACGCGCCUUUGGUCCUCGAGCCGGUUCACGGAACAUACAUGACCAACGCUUGGGACUUCUUCAAGCCCGACCUUGCUGCCGAAUACCCCACCGUCGACGGACCUCUCACCCUUACCUCGUACCUCGGAGCCCUCGACGCCGCCUACUCGACCUACAAGACCAAGUACACCAAGCGAUACUCGGCCGACGAGGCUGUCAACGGGCACGCUACCAACGGGGAUGAGAACAAGGCCGUCAAGGUCGCCGUCGAGGCCGAGAGCUUCGACUACAUCUUGUUCCACUCGCCGUACGGAAAGCUCGUCCAGAAGGGUCACGCUAGGUUGUUCUACAACGACUUUGUCAAGAACCCCUCUUCCUCCCGUUUCGCCGACGUUCCUCAGGAACUCCUCCAGGUCGACCCCUUCAAGUCGCUGACUGACAAGACGGUGGAGAAGACCAUGCUCGGAGUCGCCAAAGCUCACUACUCCAAGUCGGUCGAGCCCGGUAUGGACUGCUGCAAGAGGUGCGGAAACAUGUACACUGCCAGUUUGUACGGAGGUUUGGCUAGUUUGUUGAGCAACGUCAGCUCGGACGAUCUGCAAGGACGCCGAGUAGGAAUGUUCUCUUACGGAUCCGGAUGUGCCGCUUCUUUCUUUGCCCUCCGAGUGGCUGGAAGCACCAAGGAGAUGGCCGACAAGAUGCAGCUCAAGGAGAGGUUGGAGUCGAUGAAGGUUGUGCCCUGCACCGAAUACGUCUCGGCCAUGAAGCUCCGAGAGGAGAACCACAACGCCGUCGAUUACACCCCCAGUGGAUCGCUCGACAACCUCUGGGAGGGAGCUUACUACCUCGAAAAGAUCGACUCUAUGUACAGGCGUACUUACAAGGUCAAGGGUUCCGAGUGAACCGGCCUUGAUUGAGAUCAACUCCGGCUUUGGCUUAGUGUCGGCCAGCGAGGACGAUUUGUGACGAUACAUGAUGAGGAUAGCGAUUGAGGGGUUUCGGAUUGUUUUUUCCCAUGGUUUUCUAUUCGGCCUUAGAUGAUGAGAUGUGGCGUUUUACGA